AUGCACCCCACUUACACGACAUUUGCCAUGUACACCGAGCUGUGCUGUGACCUGAAGAAGAUUCAGGCUUCCGUCUUGGGAGCAGUGGCAUUCAAUUUCCCGUAUAGCUUUCCAGUCUUUAGCUUUCGCAAAGAGCUUGAUAUGAAUGACUUUGGCCUGCUCAUCAUUCGGCUUCUGUGCUGGGAUCUUGAUGCGCAGGACUAUGUUGGGCUUCUCCGCAAUAGGUGA